AUGUUGCGAAGAUUCUCUCUGCUGCUUUUAUGCUGUGCUGUGUGUGGCCUUGAUGCUCAAGAGGCGGACAAAAGUGAUGACCCCUCGCUUCAGAAGAUGCUGUUGACCGAAGCAGCAGAGCUGGGCACGCCGGACAAGGAUGCUCCCUCCGCGGCUAAAGUGGAGAGCAGUCCGCGAGGAGGGGAGCAGCAUUCCCCGGGGACAGACGCUCCUGGAGUGGAGGGGAGAGCUCAACCCACCGCCGAGCCUCUGGAAGAUGAGCUGGAUAACCAAGAGAAUAUCAUUAGCCAGUUGCUGGGCGAUUACGACAAAGUUAAGACUGUGUCAUCGGGGUCCGACUGUGUUUGUCGCUGUAUUGUUCGACCAAUCAAACGCUCUGACUGCAGCCGUAUCCAUGACAGCGACCAGGCAUCACCAUCCCAGGAUUUUUACACCGUGGAGACAGUUACUAAAGGAACAGACUGCAAGAAGUGUGUGUGCAUGGCUCCGGCUUCAGCCGUCAACCCCUGUGAAGGAGAGUACAGGUUCAAAAAGCUACAAGAUGCCAGCAAAGAUGACAUUAAGCUGGCGACUAUUAUUGACUUGUUGGAGGGCUCUCUGUACGGACUGGACUUGUUAAAGCUCCACUCUGUCACCACCAAGCUGCUGACCAGGGUGGACAACAUGGAGAAGGCCUUUGCCCGUAAUUUUACUGAGAAAGCAAGAGAGAAAGAAUUUGGGAAGGAAAGAGCAAAAGAGAAGAAGCCUCAGCAGAAAAAAAAGAAAGUGAAUGAUUUGGAGCGUACAGGACAGAAAAGUGGAGCCGCUGCCUAUGGCGACCAACAGAAGAAUCCAUUAGGAUCACAGAAUGAUGGUCUGGAAACGCCACAGCUAAGCAAGAAUAAGACAGGAACUCAAAAGCCAAUCAAAGACCAGACAGAGCCAAAGCAGCCAAUCAAAGACAAGAACAGCAUGAUCAUCAGGGGUGUGACCUUCUACAAAGCAGAGGAGAGCUACGAAGAGGAGGACAAGGAAGAGGAAGGAAAACAUGCAACCCUAUCUACAAAUGUAUCUGUGGACUUACUGAUCUCUAACCCGCCCCCACCUACCACGGCUUUCCCCACCAAGAGUCCAGGACCUUCAACCUCUAUUAGCACCCAACUAAACCUCACUAUACAGCCUACCCGGCACGCCAAUCAGGAUCCCACCUCACUCUCAGAGAUCAAUAUAAGUCCACCUACUGAUGCGUCUCCCACAGCAGGGUCUCGGCCAGGACCCAAAAGUCGACUCAGCUGGACGGAGAACCCCGCUGACCAACCAAAGACCACGAAAAAGCCUGCAGUGUGUAAGGACACAUUAGCAAGUAUCUCUGAACCGGUUCAGCUGAACUCUUACGGCCUUAGUGACGGGGCCUGGAUGAGAGAUGCUCGCGGCCAUGGCAACGUCAUCUACCUCACUAAUGGUCACUAUGGCAACAACCUCCUAGAGUUCCGAGACAUGGACACCUUCAAAUCAGGUCAGGCAAGUAAUUCAUACAAGCUGCCCUACAGUUUCACUGGAACAGGCCACGUCGUGUUUAAUGGAGCUUUCUACUACAACCGUGCGUUCAGCAGGGACAUCGUCAGAUAUGACCUGAGACACAGAUAUGUAGCUGCCUGGACCACUCUGAAUGAUGCUUUACUGGAGGAGCAAGUUCACAGGACACAAACGGAAGUGGAGUUUGCUGUGGAUGAGUCUGGCCUGUGGCUGCUCUACCCCGCUCUGGACUCAGAGGGUUUCCACCAGGAAGUAAUCCUGCUCAUCCACCUGCGCCCCCGAGACCUGCAGCCAAUACAGAGCUUCCGCACAGGUCUUCGCCGCGGUCGCUAUGGAAACAGCUUCCUGGUUUGUGGCGUGCUUUAUGCAGUGAACAGUAUGGAGGAUCACUACGCUAAUGUGACAUACGCCUUCGACACACACACGCUCACACACACUGUGCCGAGUCUGGCGGUCACGAACAUGCACGCACACAUCUCUCAGCUGGCUUACUGCCCACUAGACAAGAAACUGUACGCAUGGGACAAUGGACAUCAGAUGAGGUAUGACGUUGUCUUUGCUUAUUAG